UCUAGCUCAGCUGUCUCCUAGGCUUCAGUGUCAAGACAGCGAUUCGGAACCGGACAUGAAAUUCAUACAUUAAGUUGAGCACUGUGAUUAUUCUUAAAAGCCAGUCGCGCGGUGUGUAGAUAUUUUGGCUUUUAUUAUAAAAAAACGGUAAGAUCGGAUGUGGUUGCUGUGUGACGCAUAGACAUUUACUGUGUGACGCAAUGAACAGUUGCCUUUUAUGACGAAACCUCCUUGUUAAUAGUGUACGGUACGGUGCCCAUAGGUAUCCCGGCACUUUUGCUGGUUGUUUCAGUGUGUGGUAGGUUUUUGUCAAAAUACGAUCAUUUUAAAGUCACAGUACGAUAUUUCUGUUUUUUCCAACUGGCAACACUGGGAGAUGGAGCGGUGGAAAGGCAGAGUGGCCCUGGUGACCGGAGCCUCGGUGGGGAUUGGAGCGGCUACAGCCCGGACACUAGUCCAGCAAGGCAUGAAGGUGGUCGGCUGUGCCAGGAAUGUCAAUAAAAUAGAGAAGCUGUCAGCUGAAUGUCAGAGUGCCGGCUACAGUGGCACGUUGAUCCCGUACAAGUGUGACCUGUCAAACGAAGAGGAGAUCCUGUCCAUGUUUUCAGCAAUCAAGACACUGCACAAAGGUGUGGAUGUGUGCAUCAACAACGCUGGACUGGCCCACAGUGAGCCACUGCUCAGCGGAAAGACGGAGGGCUGGAGGAACAUGAUCGACGUGAAUGUUUUAGCCUUGUCUAUCUGCACCCGUGAGGCAUACAAGUCAAUGACAGAGAGGAAUGUGGAUGAUGGCCACAUCAUUAAUAUUAACAGUAUGAGUGGGCACCGAGUGGUUCCAAGCGCUGAUGUGCAUUUCUACAGUGCUACUAAAUAUGCCGUGACAGCUCUGACUGAGGGGCUACGACAAGAGCUUCGAGCAGCUAAAUCUCACAUCAGAGUCACAAGUAUAUCUCCUGGAAUAGUGGAGACAGAGUUUGCUUUCCGUCACCACAACAGUGAUCCAGAGAAAGCAGCUGCUGUGUAUGAAAGUAUAAAAUGCUUGAAAGCAGAGGACAUAUCCAGUGCAGUCACAUAUGUCCUCAGUGUCCCGCCUCAUGUCCAGAUUGGAGACUUGCAAUUGAGGCCAGUGGAGCAAGUGUCAUAGCAGUUGAAGUGCAGUUGAAGUGUGCGAGAAGGCAGACAGCAGCCAUGGUGACUCACUAGCGACCUCUGCUGGGCUUGGGGGAGAGGGGGGAUACAACAAAUCAGCUGUUUCUGGAUCUGCAGGGAUGUGGUGAAGGGAGGCAUGGAGCCUUAAGGAGGCUGUGAGAGGAAAUGAAGGGUGUAAACUUUUUAAACCACUAAGAAAAUACUACUGAAUUCAGCAACUUGGUAUCUGUGAAUGUUGAGCCCAGACUACAGUAGGAACAAAUAACAGCUAAGAGUUAUUUUUUGUUUUUUUUGGUUUUUUUAGACAAAGGGAAGUUUUCCUGUAUCUUGUUAACCAGUUAUGGCAUGUAUCUUCCACUUUCCUCAGAUCAGUCACCUGAUGUCAGGUGGUGAUGUGCCUUAUCAGCUGAUGUUGCAGAGGCGUGAUCUUCCCGUCAGAUUUGACUGGUCGAUCACGCCCCCUGCUGUCGGUAUGUGGAUGACCAAGUGGAAAUAACCAAGAUAGGCCACACAGGAAACAGGAAAAAACAAUAACAUUUCUGGACUUAAAAAUACACCACACAGAAGAAGGCAAAACCUGCACACACCAACCAAUACCUACUCUGGACAUCCGAACAUCCCAUUGCACACACAUUUCAGUUAUCAGAACAUGAUAAGACUGCACAAACAGCAUCACAGAGGAGGAUGACAGACAGGAGGAGGACCAACAUAUUCAAUGGGCACAAAGAAACUGCUAAUACCCAUCUUGGGCAAUCCAAAAAGGGAAAAAAACCAAACACAAACAAAGGAAAAUAACCCAAGAAAGGAUAAACACAAUCAAAACAAACCAGGGAUUCAUCAAUUCAAUUUUAUUUGUAUAGCGCCAAAUCAUAACAUACAUUAUCUCAAGGCACUGUACAUAGACAACAUCAAGGAAAGCAGAGAACCCCAACAGUUCACACAAUGAGCAAGCACUAGGCAUCAGUGGAGACAAAAAACUCCCUCACACUGCCAUACAUUAAAGGUAUCACAGAACGUAUUCAACGAGCCAUGGAAAAAAUAACACUCAACACUCCGGUCAGACCAUACAAAAAAAGUCCAAUAGUUACUAGUACACACAAUUCCAACAUCAUCUGCUAAACCCCUUGCUGUUCUUGCAAUAAUGUUUACAUGGGCAAUAUGGGCAGAUGCUUCCAUACACGCAAAAAAGAAUGCUGUCACACACCUGGAGCUGAUAAGGCUGAUAAGGCAUGUGAGGAAGGUGGAAGAUACACGCCGAAACUGGUUAUCAAGUUAAAGGAAAACUUCCUUUUCUCUAAAAAAACGAACCAAAAAACCUAAGUUCAAUAAGUAGACAUGAACUUUCACAACAACAGUGUUGCUGCUGCUGCUGUAUGGUCAUUCUACUCGACCAUCACUUCAGAGGGAAAAGUAUGCCAUGGAUUGCACAUGUUUUGUUCUUUGUUUGUUUGUUCAUUUUGUUUUUGUAGGUCAUAUGACAUAUCAUUUUUGAAUUAAAAUAAAAAGAGUAAUUGUUUAUAAUUUUUUUAUCAAUAUUUUAACGUUUGAUCCUACAUAGAUGUGUCCUCAUACUCACUAAUACUAUCUCCUACACACUGUUCCUGUUGUCACUAUGUUUUUUUUCCCCUCAGACACUUUUGACUAUCCAGUUUUCAGCCUCGUGUAAGGAACCAGUGCAGAUGUCAUUGUUUGUUAAGGACAUGGGAGUUCUCUUUGCCAGUGUAAUUACAGUUCUCCCGCACUUUUGAUUUAUCUGUGUCUUGUUAUAAAAAAAGAAAACACUGGCAACGUAUGUCGGGGAGAAUUCUAACUCAUUGCACAUGUAUACCCUGGAAAUGUGUAUCGUUCAAUGGAAUUUUCGCGUCAAGUUAAUAAAUAAAAACGAUUGCCCUGAA